GGCAUGUCCACGGAGCGCCAUCGCUGACAAACAAAGCGGCUCCACUUUCCCAAAUGCGGACAUUGGAAGUAUGGCGGCUUUGUCUUCAGCCACCUGGAUUCUCAUCACAGCUACAAGAUACUGACUCGAUCUGAGAAUGCAUACACGAGGAUAAGUGAACACUCGAGUCGAAGUCACGAGUGGGAGACAGAAUAUUUAUUCACUGGCUCCGCAUCCGGUCACUUCACACAAAGACGCGUCGUGGCACAUAUGAUACAACGAGGACCCAGAUCUGUUCUAUCUAGUAAUAUCACAGUCAACAUGGUGCCGCGUAAACGCAAAUCCAAGAGUACAGCUCCCGCUGUGCCACCUGCGAAGAAGUCGAAGAAGUCGAAGCGGGAGCCAGCGCCGAAGCCAUACCCCGCUGUCAUGAGCUUACCCCAGGAAGUCUGGGACAACAUCCUUAAGUACCUCUGGUCUCGUGAUGAAGCGAAGUACCCAGCCUGGAUCGAAAGCCAUUGGAUUAAAGAUUUUCGUCGAGUCAACAGAACGUUCAGAGACGCAGCCGACGAUGCAUUUGUCAAGAAAUAUAUCGAGAACCUCCGCGUCUACCUCAUUGCGAGCGACGUUCGAAAAGUAUUCGAUGGACUGGAGCUUAUUGGCCCAAAAAAUGGCCGACCAAUCGAAAGCUACAUCAAAGGUCUCAGAUUCGCCGACCAUCGACGAACCUCCGGAUCCAUUCGUUCCGGCCCAUUAGCGACACCCCUCAACCCAACAGAACUGGUUGCACUGCGUACAGAGCUGAUGAAUCUGAUCGCUCACAUCCCACAAGUACAACACGUGCUGUGCAAAGCGGUUGACGUAGGCCCGCCCCGUGUGCUUACGCCAAACGCAGGUGUCACAGUCAUUCUCCAGCUAUUAUCCCACAACCCGAACAUCAGCUUGACCUCUAUCACACUGAAAGAAUGCGAACUCGACUUCAAUACACUGCGUCCGUUCCUCGCAUCACACAGCAGGCUGCAAUCCCUCAAGAUCUCUCGGGUCAAUCUUCGCAAUGGCUCUUGGGGGAGUCUCUUCGCCUCUUGGCGUGAUUCGGCGCCGGAUUUGUCGCGACUUGAGUUGUUUGUACUUGCGGAUUCGAAUUCGUCGUGGGGGAUAUCUCCCCCGCUCGCCGGCGACUGGUCUAGCUACACCGGCAGCAAUCCAAUUCGGGCUUUUCGCAAUCCGGCGGCGACGGUUCCGAAGAAGCAGGUGGAGAGCUAUCAUCUGGCGUCUGGUAAAGUAGUGUGCAAGGGAAGGUUCGCGGUCAUUUUGGGGACGAACGCGAUCUUGGGGGACAAGGGGAGUACGCUGUUUGAUCCGGCGAUUACGGUUGCUGCGUUCAAGGAGAGAGGCCUGCUGUUGUGAACUCGUGGGCUGCAGUGGCCAGUGCAGCAGUGAGUUUUGUAGCGAGCAGCUGUGUGCCUUGGCUGCAUGUGACGUUCUAGGGUUUGCUUCAAUUGCGCGGGCACUAGCGUCCGUAUGUGGCUGCAUGUGAUGGGACCAAAUCUUCGUUUAUUGUUUAUCCACUUCAAUCUGAUCCCAAGCCAACUUGAGAGUACAACACUUUACCUAUCUGGCCCUCGGGCACAUUCACAUUGUCAUCAC